AUGUUCCUGUGUCAAGAAAAAAGUAAAAAGAAAAGACUACAAAAGCCAAACAUAUUACGUAGAAACCCCAAGACUUUUAAAUCAAUCAACAAGGACCUUGAGUUAAUUAGAGAAAAGCAUGUCGACGCAAGUUUAUUGCUAGAAACUGACCCAAAAAAUGGGUCAAAAGAAGGCCACAAUAUGAAAACCUCGAGUGAAGUCAAUGAUGUCAAAAUUAAAAGCUUUGAUCUCUCAGAAGUAGAACCUAAACAAACUUGUUUGAUUCCUAUUCAUUCAGAUAUAACUGAUAUUCAGCCCUCGUUGAACAUUGACUCUUUUCUGAUUAGACAUUCCGAAGGGCAGAAUAUACCCUUUAAGAAAAAUAAACAAAAUGCUGAUAGCUCACAUGAUAAAGUGUGCUUGGCAUUUAUUGAUGAUUCAAACCCAUUUAUUGUUGGAAACUGUAGGCAUCUGAAAGAAUUUUGUUCUUCAGAGAAGAUAAAUUUUAGCUCCAUUAUUCCGCAGACAUUUAACGAAAGGACAGAAACAGUCCAUUCAGAUAAUGAAAAUAUGAGGUUUUCUAUUGAUGGCAUUUCCCAAAGUAGAACUAAAUACAAGUGUGAUGUGGGAGAUUGCGUAAAGGUAUUUUUAAGUGAAGAAAAGUUAUUCAAACAUAAGAAUACUCAUAAUAAAGUAUGCAGGAUUGCACGACCAAGUGUUUUUGAAUGUCCUGUUAAAAAUUCAAGUAAAUUAGAAGUAACCUGUCAAGAAUUGUUUUUAGUGAAAGAAGAGCUUAUUAAACAUAUAAAUGAAGACCACUCACUAGACGAUGCAGCAUUUAAAUGUGACGUUUGCGAGCGUCGUUUCUUUUGGGCAUCUGGCCUACGUGCGCACAAGCGUUCGCACGUUGAGCGUGCGUCUUUUGCGUGCCCUUGGCCAGAGUGUGGGCGUGUGUUCCGACACGCUUGUCGCCUGCGCGAACAUAGCCGAGCGCACACUGGAGCCAAACCCUACCAUUGCACUUACCCGAAUUGCGGCUGGUCGUUUCGCACCGCGAGCAAGCUACUACGUCACUCGCGGCGUCAUACAGGCGACCGUCGUCAUACGUGCGUGCAAUGCGGCCGAGCGUUUCUGCGGCGCGAACACUUGCGCGACCACGAGGCUAGGCAUCACACAUUAGAAGACACAUCUAUUGCAGUACAAGAUAAUGACACAUGUGACAUAAACAAAGCAAAGAAACACAAACCAAUGAAGAAGUCUGAUAAAUCCACGGCAAAAGUAAAAAGAAAACAAAAUACAUGUAAUGCAGAAAGUGACCCAGAGCGUCUUUUAAAAAAAACUGGACAAAAAUUCAUGGUUGAACUUUGGGAAGGAAAUCAAAUUAAAUUGUUGGACGAACAGUCUGUUGCGUUACCCGACAUGAAUGAUAUGAGGAUGGUUAGUUUGGACGGCCCGCCAAAGUCUGGGGAAGUGAAGGAUUCCCUCUUGGGUCCGGGAAGUUGUGAAGACUUUGUGACGUAUCCGGAGGAGGGGAAAGAUCUGGUGAUCAGUCACGGCGACAGAGAGUUUGUGAUAACAACUACAGAGGAUUUCGUGAUUCAGGCCAGAGAAGAGGGAGAAGACUUAGUGAUUACAUCGCAAUUUGAAGAAGAAAGAAAUUUCGUGUUGACGUCCGGUCCUGAUGAUUUAGUAAUAACUGGGGAGGAGGUAAAGGAUGAUCAUGCGGCGCGUACGCAUUGCACGUGGCCUUUGCGGAAGGCGGACUACAAUUCCGAUGAUUAUGUCUUAGAAGAUGAUGUUCAGGUAGAGCAGUUAGAAGGAUCAGAAAGUAAUGUGUUCACUGUGCGAAGCGAUCUUUUCCUUCAUGGCAGUGUCUUCCACAAUGAUGAUAGCGAACAGAUGUGCAGUGCAGUACGUGCAAGUGUGUCCGAGCGUGUUCUGGAUUCGGAACUCAUGUUGGACGCACCUUCCGUGCAUCUUGCUCAGGAGGAGCUAUAUACAGAUGCAGUGGACGAGUCUUCCUUCAGAGUUUUGCUUUUAAGUGGUGAAGAACUCACAUGA